UCCAAGCAUGUUUUCGGUCAUUCUUCACGAAGAUGAUGUUGGAAGUGCGGAUACCAUGGUUAAUAGCGCUCUUUGUGGUUUUCCUUUCCAUUCCCGCUUUGACAGAAAAGACGAAACAUACCCAAAGGGAUUCAAUAGAAUCAGAAGCCCUAUGGCACAGUGAUGUCCCCCAUUCAGAGUACGGCAGCAAACAUGGCCUGGGCUACAAAGACGACACUGGGAAUCCUCACAGUGAACUGCCUGAUACUAAGUUAAAAAGAAGGUUUCUGGGGAAGAAAUCUGAUCACGAUCUUACAGAGAAGAGACGCUUUCUGGGGAAACGCUUUGGUGACAGCAUGUCAGACGAUCCUGACAAGAGGAGGUUUUUAGGCAAACGCUUUCAGGACACUAUCUCACCAGACCCCGAAAAAAGGCGUUUUCUCGGUAAGCGAUUUGGCGAUACAAGCUACCCAGCAGAUGCAGAAAAAAGGCGAUUCCUUGGUAAACGGUUUGACGAUGAUGAUGAUGAUGAUGAUGAGGAGGAUAAAGAAGAUGCUUCCCCCAAUGGUUUUGAAAAGCGUCGCUUUCUUGGUAAAAGAUUAGAUGAGGAUGAUGAUGAUGAGAAAUCAGAUGACCCAGAAAAGAGGCGAUUUCUCGGCAAACGCUUUAAUGACGACGCUAAUCCGGAAGACGAUGAAAAGAGGAGGUUCCUCGGCAAAAAGAGUGACGACGACACCGACAUAGACAACGAAAAACGACGGUUCCUCGGCAAACGUCGUUUUCUGGGCAAACGGCGCUUCCUUGGAAAACGUGGUCCAUAUGAAGAGGAUAAACGGGGUCGAUUCCUCGGAAAGAGAUUAGAUUCCGAAAAAGAUUAUCUAUUAGAUAAAUUAAAGAGGGCGUACCAAUCUAUCUUUCCCCAAGCCGACUUUCUACGCAACUCAGCCGACGAAUUGGACAAGAGGCGAUUUUUGGGCAAGAGGCGAUUUUUGGGCAAAAGAAGAUUCCUUGGAAAACGAAGUGCUGAACAGAAACGAGGCGACAUGUUGAACUCGGGUCAAAGUAAAAUCCACUCUAUAAAAAAGAGGAGUAUCAUGUGGCAUGUGCAGCCUGAUCCUUCUACAAAUCUAUUUCUCGGGUAUCCACGCCAGGUCAUGUUACUUUCGAACGGUUACCCGUCUGGAAUGAACCCUUAUAUGAAACGCCAAGACGUGCUCAUUCCGAGGUGGCCUCAACCAGAUACUCAAAGAGUUCCCCACUUCAUUGGUUAAAGCUCAGAAUUUUCGUUUGUCAUGAAUACAAAUGAAAAUAUAUUUUGUUAAAGAGGGCCCUCCUUGUCAAACACGCACCGAAAAAAAUUCUUGUAAUAAGUCUACUAAUACCUCGUCUGAGAUGGUGCUUUUAAUCAGUAUUUUUCAGUGAAAUUAGAAGGCACCAAAACAAGGGUAACAGAUUAUCAAUCAAGUCAUAAAGCACAAUACCACAUUGUUAUAUUGUUUAAAAAGUUCCGAUGUUUUAGCCAUCAGUAACCUUGCACUUCUUCCACCUCUUCAAAACUUCGCUUUUCACGAUUCACCACAACAGUUAGGUUGUUGAACUGAAAAACAUCAUAAGCAUAAUGCAACGGACAUGUCCGUUCUUAAUCCAGGAAAUUGGAUUUCUGUUUUUCAAGACAUUGGCCUGUCCAUCAUAUUUGAACUAGAUUAAAAACUCUGUACGCUGAAUUCUGGGCGGUUAAUAUCGAUUGUCCAUUUUUUCCACGUUAACAUAGUUUCUUUUGUCACUUAUUUCCUCAUUUUGAUCAUAUCUAUAUACAUUGUAUCUUCGGUCUGGCCAUCUCUUCAUCCGACAGCGCUGGCCCAAGAAAAGAAAUAUAAAAAUCAAGAUAGUACUUUUUUAAAACUGAUAAAUUUAAAGUUUUAUGUAGACUUGUUAAUGCAUAUGAUUAUUGUUUUUUCUGUUGUUUUCUUAUCUGUGAUUUCUCCAGUGUUAAGUCUUUUUUUAAUUCCUUUUUCUGAUCUUUCGUGCAAAAAAUCCAACUUCCCUGUGUGGCUAAUGGUUUCUUUCUGCUAUUGCUCAUAUUCAAGCAAAGGGAACGUAUUGCUAGGAGAUUAUUAUAGAGUUGAUGAUAGAUGAUGAUGAUGACAGGCCCGGGUGUCAAGAAAGGCCAUAUGCAUAAUAAUCAUAAUAGAAAUUUGAUAUCAUUGUGGAAGCCAGGUAUAGCUGUAUCUCUCUUUUUUAUUGUGCUUCACUGAGUUAUUGGACUAGUUUGAUUUGGACUUUUUCGCAUAUAGGGGUAAUGAGUUACGAGGACCACUAAGUAAGUGUUAUUUUUGCGUUCAUCUUAUUUUUCAUGUUAUGAAACUUGAGAUAAUUAUCAGAUGACAGCGAAUAUAUAAAAGCCUUCGGCGUUUUUUGAAGCAUUCUUAAAACGGGUAAAAGGCAACUCGGCGAACGCGAUACCAAGAUAUAUCGUUUUGGAUGUUGGAUUUCUGAGGAAUCACCGUGCGCCGUUAAUAUUCUCUCACGAGUCUGUCCUCCCUGAGACCGACGCUCCACAGGUUAAGCUCACGAGAUUUGUGCAAUUUACCUUUUAAUUGAAAAGGAAAGGACACGCAGUAAAUUAGAUGCUUAAUUAUGUGUACUUAGAUAAUAUCGCUUUAAAUGGAAGCAAUUUAUCAAUUUUGACAAGAGCUACUAACAACUUUCGGAGUAAGGCAAGAGUUGGUUUAAUGAAGAAAAACGCCAUUGAAUCGUUGUUGAUAAUUUGAUGAUGUGAAAAGAAGGGGUUGAUUUAGGACUACAUAAUUGCACAAGUACUAUAAUUGUAAUGUGUUUAAUGAGCAAGCAUUUGCCUUAAAUCUACUUAUUUCAGGUGAUGAAUAAGAAAUAACAAACGCCAAGCCGUUGGC